AGUGGGAAGAAAUUCGAACCGCGGCUGCUCAACGCCCUUCCUCACUCGCUUCGCACGUGCCUCCCUCGCCGGCAACACUCCAAGCUCCCCCACCGCCGCCGCCGCCGCCGCCGCCGCCUCCUCCGCCACCGGCGCCGGCGACGAUGCCUCCUCGCAAGGCCACCUCCUCCGCAGAUGCUCGGGCCAAGUGGCGGAAGCGGAAGCGCAACGCGAACACCUCCGCGGCCGACCACUCCGACGACUCCGACUCCGCGGUGGCUGCGGCGGCGAACGACGACAACGACGACGACGACGCGGCGCUCCACGCGGCCACCGCGGCCGCCAACGGGGGAGGCGGAACCCUAGGCGGGGGCGAUGACGACCCCGUGGUGGACCUCCGCGAGGCCGAGGUGCACCCCACGGCGAUCGAGCGCGUCUCCGCCUUCCCGCCCGCGUUCCGCCGCGUGGUCAACCGGCUCCACCCCUCCGUGCUCGCCGUCAUGGCGGCGGAGCGCGCCGCCGCCGCGGCUGGUGCUGGUGCUGGCGGCGGCGGCGCGGCCGUCCCCGCGCUCGAGAACAUCUCUCACGGGCAGCUCCAGGUGCUCUCGUCCGUGCUCCCUGACCACCCGUCCUUGUCCAACGACCCCGACAAGCCGUCCUCCUACGUCUGCACCCCUCCUCUACUCAUGGAGUGCCGCGGCGUGGCCAAGCAGUUCGAUGGCAAAUUGCUCAUGGUACCCAAGCAUUCAGAUUGGUUCUUGCCAAUGACGGUGCACAGGUUGGAGAGGCAAGUGCUGCCGCAGUUCUUCUCAGGGAAGUCCCCGGGGCACACGCCAGAGAAAUACAUUAUGUUGAGGAAUAGGGUAAUUACAACGUAUCUGGAGCGUCCUGCGAGGAGGCUUGCAUUUUCUGAGUGCCAAGGGCUUGUCACAAGCACGCCUGAAUUGUAUGACCUGAGUAGAAUUGUUAGGUUUUUGGACGCUUGGGGGAUUAUUAAUUACCUUGCGGCUGGGUCUGUUCAACGGGGCUUGAGGAUGGCAGCAACACUAAUCAGAGAGGAGCCAACAGGGGAGCUGCAUCUCAUGUCUGCUCCAUUGAAAUCAAUUGAUGGUUUAAUUUUGUUUGAUCGACCAAAAUGCAGUGUCCGGGCAGAGGAUAUUGCUUCUGGGGCAUCACUUUCAUCUUCUCCAGGGAUGGAAAAUGGUGAUGCUGGUUUUGAUGAGAAGACAUUGUUGGAGAGAUUGUCUGAGAGCUUUUGUAGUUUCUGCGCACAACCUUUGCCUAGCUUGCACUACGAGUCACAAAAGGAGGCAGACAUUGCUCUUUGCUCGGAUUGCUUCCACGAUGCAAGAUUUGUUACUGGGCACUCAAGCUUAGAUUUUCAGAGAGUGGAUGGGAAGAAAGAUGGACUGGACAAUGAUGGGGACAGCUGGACUGAUCAGGAAACAUUUCUGUUAUUGGAGGGCAUAGACAAAUACAAAGAAAACUGGAAUGCUGUUGCGGAGCAUGUUGGAACAAAGUCGAAAAUACAAUGUCUUCACCAUUUUCUUCGUCUUCCAGUAGAAGAUGGAUUGUUAGAGAAUAUUAAAGUACCAGAAGCAUCCUUUUCAUCGAAAGUACAAAACAAUGGUUUUUUGCAUUCAAAUUCCAAUGGCAGUACUUCAGGAAGCUUGCCUCAAAGCGGCGAAGCUGGAGACCUUCCUUUCAUUAACACUGCUAAUCCUGUCAUGUCACUGAUUGCAUUUUUGGCCUCUUCAUUAGGACCAAGAGUUGCGGCAUCCUGUGCAAGUGAAGCAUUAAUUGUUUUGACUGGAGGUGACUCCAGGAUCAGUUCAAUUGGCAAUGAUGUUAUGGGCCAUGCUGCUCGACCGAACUGUGAUUCCUCAUUGGCUGUCUCUUCAGAAAAUGUUAGACAUGCUGCAAGAUGUGGCUUGUCGGCAGCAGCAACUAAGUGUAAACUUUUUGCGGAUCAGGAGGAGCGUGAAAUUCAGAGAUUAAGUGCUACCAUCAUAAAUCAUCAGUUGAAGAGGCUGGAGUUGAAGUUGAAGCAAUUUGCAGACAUCGAGACCUACCUUUUGAGGGACAGUGAGCAGUCCGAGAGGAUGAGGCAGGGGCUGCAAGCUCAGCGCAUCCGGAUGAUGUCAGGGCUUCGGUUAGCUUCACCCAGAGGCAACACUAUGGCCUCAAAUCCAUUGAGUCAAGCGAACAUUCGACCGCCAGGAAUACCGGGAUCGAUGCCCCAGGCCGGCACUCCAGCUUUCUACUCCAAUAACAUGCAGGUGCACCCACAGAUGGCUUUCUUGCAGCAGCAGAUGCAGCAACAGCAACAAAAACAGCAGCAACAGCAGCAGAUGCAGCUGCAGCAGCAACAGCAGCAGAUGCAACUACAGCAGCAACAGCAGCGACAGGCCUUCUUGCAGCAGCAACAGCAGCAGAUGCAACAGCAGCAGCAGCAGCUGCAGCAACAGCAGCAGCGGCAGCUGCAGAUGCUCUCUUUCGGGGGUCGGUUGCCUCUGUCAGCGAUGAACGCUCCCUCAACCUCGGCAGCGCCCAAUGUCAUGUUCGACAACCCUGACAUGCCCGGUCCAUCGAAUCAAGGUUGAGACCGCCUUCUGGGAGCAAUUUUAGAGUAUAGGCUGAGUAGAGAGAUUUCCAGACAUCCUAGUUUCUUGAUUUGUAGCUCUGAUUCGUGUGAUAGUUAACCAUUGUAAUUCAAUUGCACAAUCACAGGUAGAGUGGGGGUAUUUUAGAAUUUAGAUGUUAGUUUUUCAACUGCCUCAAAAAUCUCAAUUGUUUGAUAGCUUUUGAUAUUCCAGUGCCUAGCCUAAGUAAGGUUGCGUAUAGAAAUGGGGGCUCAUCCUGAAUCGAACAACUGUUUCUCCUGACUGCUACUGUAGAAGAUACCUGUGCAAAGGUUACAUUCUUGUGUAUUCUUUAGCUGGUUACUGUGGUUUAUAUUUUGAAACUUUUGAUGA